AUUCAUUCAUUCGUCCAUCGACCUAUCUAUUUAUUCUUUCAUUCAUAAAACUUCCAAAAUAAUGUGACCUUUGUCCGAAUCUCUUUACAAAAAAUCUACGCCUAAGCACAUAGUUAGUUCUGAACAACUGUAGACCGGUAGAGUUCGGUGUAUGCGCGCACAGUCAGAGCUUGUUGUCGGGAAAAUAUCAUUUCAUUCUUAACAUCGACUGGCGCUCGACUGCUUGCUGCCGUGAUGAAGUCGCUGGUUCUACUAAUCCUGGCCGCCGUCGUCGCGUCGUCUUCUGGAUUUCAAGGAUCAUGGUCGGACCUUGUGUAUCCGAUGUGGGGAUGCAACCCCCCUAAAACUCUCCGAGGGGUCGUCAAACUGGCGAUGUUUAACAACAUUAGAAACGACGACGAGGUCAUUGACCAGAAAGACUUUAUGAUUGAUCUCAUGGAAUACGACUACGACAAUGACCCGUGCCAAGUCCAGAAGUGGGAGUGGGUGUACCACUGGAGGUGUGUCUAUGGGUAUUCCGAGAGAUACACUCGCUGGUUUUUCGAUAACAGGAUAGACAUAAGGAAAGUCGGUUACAUUGACCUGACUGAUACAACUGCCAAUAUCAGUUUUCCUACAGAGGAGUUCAAAGCAAGACAGUAUGACCGGCUCGCCGUCGACUACUGCAACAACACAGUCAACUGGGAGGACCCUCUAUGUGACAGGGUCAAGGCCGAGACGAGGGAAAUGGUCCUCGCCGAAUAAUUGUGUCAAAAACUUUAAAAUGGAUGAAGCUACAAUUUAAGCACACCUCGUACACUAAAGACAAAUUGUAUAAUAAAGACAUUACAAUAGUAAAUAAUUCUUGUACAAUAUAAAAAAAAACAUUUUGUAAAAUAAAGAUAUUUAAAUAGUAAAGAAUUAUUUUUAACAUAGAAUAUAUUUCUGUUUAAUAUGCUGUACAAUAAAAACAUUUUGUAUAAUAAAGAUAU